AUGGUGGCAUCGGUCACGGCAACAGCAAGAUUGAAGAAAGAUUAUGCAAAGUUGUUGAAAGAGCCAGUACCAUUCGUUCGCGCAGCACCUCUCCAGGAGAACAUUCUCGAGUGGCAUUACAUCAUAUACGGGGCGCCAAAUACGCCUUACGAA